AUGAGGACCUCGACUUUGGUAGCUGCCACCGCCGGCACAAUCGUGACUGGCCUUCUGGCCUAUGCCGUCUACUUUGACCACAAGAGACAGACCGACCCCGACUUCCGGAAAUCGCUCAAGCGGAACAACCGCCGGUUGGCCCGGGCUGUCAAGGAGGAGGUUGAGGCCCAGGGUGCCCAGCAGCGCGAGGUCAUUAAGGCCGCCAUGCAGCAGGCCAAGGAGGAGGGCUUCCCCACGGACCUCGAGGAGAAGGAGACCUACUUCAUGGGCCAGGUCGCCCGCGGAGAGUCGCUCUGCGCCGAAGGUAUGUACCAGGUUGAGGCCGCGCUGUGCUUCUACAAGGCCCUGAAGGUCUACCCCCAGCCCAAGGACCUGAUCUCGAUCUACGACAAGACCGUGCCCAAGGAAGUGCUGGAGAUCCUGGCCGACAUGGUCGCCAUGGACGCCGGCCUGAAGCUGGGCUCGUUCACCGGCGAGGGUGCCGGUCCGGAGAGCCACGGGGUUGAGUAA